UAAACGGUUUGUUGUGUAUUAUGGCAUGUUACAACUGUGGAGAAAUUGGUCACAUGAAACGCGACUGUUCUAAACUAUCUCCGACGAAGUGCUAUCGAUGUGGAGAGACGGGGCACAUCAGGAAAGACUGUCCGUAUACUUUGUCUGACAGAGAAAGCAGACCAUCUCCAUCAUCAGAUUUCGAAGUCGCUGCAUCGGGUGUCCCCAGACGAAGUCCGGUGAAAUGCUUUCAGUGUGGAGAGAUGGGACACACAAAGAGAAACUGUACAUACAGUUUGUCAAGCAGACCAGCUGCAUCGACAUAUUCAACAGUCCCUACAUCAUCUGUUGAGUUUAUUGACACUCAUUGUCAUAUUGAAUAUUUCUUCGAACGGUUUCAGUACCAAGGAUCGUUCGAGGCAUUUCGAUCAAAGCAUGGUCCAUACCCUCACAAUUUUGGUGGUUGCAUCACGAUCUUCUGUGAUCCUGCCUCGUUUUCCUCGUUUCGCACAUGGCCUGAUCUUUUGGAAGAAGACAAGGUCUGGGCAGCAUUUGGCAUGCAUCCUCACAAUGCAAAAUAUUAUAACGACUCGAUAGAAGAAAAAAUUAUUGAAGCAUUGUCACACCCACGAGCUGUUGCUUGGGGAGAGAUGGGACUGGAUUAUGCAAAACAUAGUCCUGCUGAGCAUGACAGCCAGAAGAGAGUGUUUGAGAGGCAGCUCCGAUGUGCUGUAUCACUCGACAAGCCAUUGGUCAUUCACAGUCGAGACGCAGAUGAAGACGUCGUCGAUAUUAUGGCUCGUGUUGUGCCUAGUGAGUGGAAAGUACACUUGCACUGUUUCACCGGAACAAUGGACAACUUACAAAGAUUCUUUGACGUUUUUCCUAAUCUUUGUGUUGGGUUUACUGGUGUUGUGACAUUUGCUUCAGCUCGGCACAUCCAGGAAUGUGUCCAAAGAGUGCCUCUUGAUCGUCUGCUUCUUGAAACAGAUGCGCCAUACAUGGUGCCUACUGCUAUUAAGAAAGGCAACAAAUUCAGUCACCCAGCAAUGAUCCCUUACAUUGCUCAGAAAAUUGCUCAAUUAAAACAAUUGCCAUUGGAUGAAAUCCUUACUGCAGCAAGACGGAAUACAAAGAAGAUAUACGGAAUAUGAAGUAACAAUGCGAAGUAGCAAAAGACUACAUCUACAUCACUUAUCAUAUGAUGCGUAUCGGUGAUACAAACAAUAUGUCUGGGAUACUUAUUUUACUAGCAUAUUUUAUCAUCUCAUAAUGAAAUUGUUACACAUAACUAACUUUACAUGUUUCUCUCGCAUAUGAGCGUUUCAAAGAUGUGACCUGGCACACCAAGUGGCCAACAGUAAUUUACAAAAAGACAAAAUUUACAAAUACAGUUAGUAGUCU